AUGAAGGAGUUCACGGUGAGUACAGUAUUCCCGGAAUUUAAAGGAACAUAGGUUUGUUACAGUACUCGGCGAAUGAGGCGUGGCGGGAGAUGAAUUCGUUGCGAGACCAUGUGAGGAUAAGUCGAUCGGUUAGGAAAGGCGGGAAGAAUUUGAGGGAGAAGAAGCGAUAUGUUUUGCAAAGGGAGGAUGCUUAUGGUGAGUUAUGACGUGGCAAAUAGCUCCAUAAUGAUUUCUGAUAUCAUAGUGUUGUCCAGAAGGCUCGAUUACAAUAAAACCUUCUGGGGCAAAUUCACAAAGUGCCUUGUUAUACCUUACUUACCUAAAUAACUGAGCUAAGUAAAUAAGGUGUACCAAAAAUUAAUAAUUGUUCAUAAAUUUUUUAUUUAGUUAUUUUUGGUACACCUUACUUACUUAGCUUAGUUAAGUAAGGUAUAAUAAGGAAUUCGGCCCCAGAAGGCUUAAUCAAGCUUAAUCAAGACUUCUGAACACCGCUAUGAUAUCAGAAAUCAUUAUGAAGUUAGUUUUCACCUCCUAACUUUGCCACGUCAUAACUCAUGUUAGAACGGAAUUGUGCUCAACCCUAGAUUUGCAGACCUCCCCAUUUACCCAAUCGACAAAGAUUCAGUUGCAUCGAAAAACGGCGAGACAGCACGAAAAAUGAUAGAGACGCAGAGAAGCGAGAGAAAAGAGACGAAAAAGAAGCAGACAGCUGAGCAAUGUCAGAAAGAUUGCAUGUCAAAAUCGCAGUCUUGUCCAGCUGGCCCGCCUGGACGGCCUGGGAAAAAAGGCCGAAAUGGGCUAUCAGGUCAUGCUGGGAAGGACGGUGAGCCUGGACAUUCUGGAUUGACUGUGGCGAUUUCGGGAGGAUGUAUGAAGUGUCCGCCAGGUAAACCUGGUCCUCCGGGAGAUGAUGGUCCGGAAGGCCCCGGUGGGAAAAAUGGGGUAUCCGGAAUAUCGAUCAAAGCUGUGGUGGGAAAGCCUGGAGCUCCCGGGCCACCUGGAGAUUCUGGACAUCCCGGACAUCCUGGAGAACCGGGACCAAUCGGACCACCUGGACGAACAUCGAAUCGCUAUCGGAAUCUGAAAGGCCCACCGGGUCCUCCAGGUCUACCUGGAUAUCAAGGAGCACAAGGGCCCGCUGGAUUCAGCUACGCGACCGGGCGACCUGGGCCUGCGGGAGGCUCGGGAAAGCCCGGUGAAAAUGGCCGAGUUGGAGCGAAUGGGCCGAAUGGGAAAAGAGGAAGACCUGGGAAAGAUGGAAAUUAUUGUCCGUGUCCCGCGGCAUCGAAUGUUAGACAUAGUUUUAUUUUUAUUUGA